UCAGCACCUAAAUGAAUUGGGCUAUAGGAAUAUAUCAGCGGAACAACUACGUGAAUUCUUAAAAGCUCAUUUGCGCCUAAAGGUAUGCAACCACAGUCGGAUAAGCAAAGUGCUAGCAAAAGCAAACUCGCAACAGCAACAGCCAGAGCAACAAGAGCAAUUCCUUCUCAGCAACAGCAGCCCCAUCCAGAACAGCCCCAUCAGCAGCAACAGCCGCCGCCGCCUUCUCCUCAUCGCUCAAAAGUAAAGGUGAUCAAGAGCAAGCGUCCGCUUUGCCAUUUCAAAUUCUAUUUGGACAUUUGCGAUCAUCAGCUAACCAGGCGCAUUGAGGCCGAAAUCAAGGCGCUUGGCGGCACACUCGAGUUCUUCCUGAACGACAGUAUUACGCACUUCAUAACCGACAAGGACAAAAGCUGGACACCAGAAGCGUCAAAUACAAAUACAUCAGCAACAACUGGAACAACUGCAAUCAUCCAGGAGGAUGGCACAGCGGGUAUUCAGCGCCGGAGUCGGCAAACGCGCGCCGAUGCAAUUUUGAGUCGUGUGCGCGCCGCACAACAACAACAACAACAACAAACGGAGCAACUGCAACAUCAGAAUAACAACAAUAUUAAUAAUAAUAGAAAAGAGAGCUGCAAAUUAAGUUAUACCAUCUGGAAGACUGAAUACGCACUACGCUUCUUUCAGCGCAUACAAACUGAGCUGCGUCAGUAUUUGGUGCAAGGCGGCGCCUUAACAACUGCUGCUGCUUCCGGGCAGGCCGCUCAAUACCCAUCGAAUAUUAUCCAGCUGAGGGGUAAUUUCAUUAAGAUCGAAUCGAUACGACGCAACCAUCGGCCCUACUAUCAUCUGCUGAAGCAGCCGGAGGAGUGGCCCAAAAUCGAUUUGAGCAGCAGCAGGAGCAGCGAGGAGAGCGCCUUCCGUUUGCAGACGACAACAAGGGCGGCCCAGGUGCAGAGUAGCAUGACACGCAAGUCGCUCGGUUCACGGACAUCGCAGCGUCAACAGGAUAAGGUGGCAACAACAGCAGCAGCAGCGCAACCGUUGCAGUUGCAAGCGCUCAAGAAGCAAACCGGAGCAGCGCCAGCAGACGAGGCGAGUCCACGUUCGCACAAGGAGUCCAGCGAGAAGCAGUGCGGCGUCUGUGAGAUUUGCAAGAUCGAAUACGAUACGUUGACGCUGCACUUGCAGAGCAAGGAGCACGAGUUGUUUGCGAAGAACUCGCACAACUUUUACGCUCUCGACUCACUCAUUCAGGUAUCGGCCAGCGUGGAGGGAUUCCUCGAGAAGCAGCAGCAGCAAGAAAAAGAGAGAGAAGUGACCACCGAAGACAGCGACAUGGAUGUGGAUGAGCUGCUCAGCAGUAGCGUCAUUUCAUGCCUCAAUCAAACAAAAAGCAACGAUGCAAAUCUCAGCAGCAGUAGUAAUAACAAUCGACAAAGGCCGACGCCGCCCGCGUUACGUGAGAAAUCCAAGCGGAUCACCAAGGGCAAGCAUUACUCGGAGAAGUUUCGAGCGACGACGCCAAAUUCACAAACAACUCCCGCCUCCCAGCCGGAUCUGACGCCUCCAACUCCGACAACAACAACAACACCGGCACCAGCAACGUCAACAACACGUCGCAAGACACAAAAUUCUGUGUUGUCGCCACCGAUGCGUGCCAUGCUGCCGCCCUCCUCCCUCUACAAGGUUGUGGAUACCAACGACCCACUGACGACGACAACGCCGAGAAUUAGACGUGGACUCGCUAACAACACCACCGUGCUGGACUCGCCCUCCUUGAUUGUGAAAUUCCAGAAGGUGCGACAAUCCGAACUGCAGCGUCUGAAUGGCGAGGCGGAGAACUUCAUGUUCCCCAGGACAACGACGACGACGACGCGCAGCAGCAGCGAACUGGCCACCGAUGUGGAUCGCCAGACUACGUCGGAUGUGCGAGGACGGACGAGUAUCUCAUCCGCCAGUCUGGACAGUGCCACCACCAGCGAGGCAGAGGUGCCACUUAAGUUGCAAGUUGCUGCUGAAGGCAAGCGUGCCACGGCCGUGGGCAGGCGGAGAAAGGGGCAGAUUUCCACGGGCAGCACCAGCAAUAAUAGUGGCCAACAACAGCAGCAGCAGCAGCGUUUUCCAAACGCCCCCAUCCAGCCAGAGAUACAACCACAACCAGAACAACAACAGCAACUGCUGAUGAAGCAGCAGCAGCAGCAACAACGACGCCAAUCGACGACGGCGACGGCAACGCGGAAAAGUAGCCGCAUGGCAACGGCGAUUGUGACGGCGGCAACAACCAGCAGUCAGCUGCAGCUGCGACGACGACGCCGUGGCGGUGGUGGCAACCUGGAGGAUCGGAUGGGGGAAGCAGUAACACAAGCGAAGAACAAAGUCGAACAGCAGCUGGCAAUAGCAACAGCAACAAGAACAUCAGAUGAGGAUGAAGAGGAGGAUAGUCUGGACGAGCAGGAGGAAGAGGAGUCUAGCUCCUCGGGCAGCGAUGAGGACUAUGUGGCAAAUGGGAAGCUGCUCAAGAAGUGCUCGCUGCCAACGUUGCCAAGUCGCGAGGAGCGAGCAGCAAGACGCCUCUCACGUCUGACCAUCAAUCUCAAGAGAUGCCCAGCACCAAAACAGGAGAAGGAGCAGCCGCAGCAGCAGAAGCUGAAGUCCUCACCAAUGCGCAGAUGCAGCAAAGCCAAAACAAAGCAAGCCAAACAACAACCAGCAACGACAACAGCUGCAACAACAAAGGCGACAACAAAAGGAGCAGCAGCAACCACUGUGUCUACAGAUCUAAUCUUUGACUGCAGCAAGAGCGAACGUUUGCAGAAGCUGCGCUACGCAUUUGAGGAGCUGCCGGGUGCCGAUUUGUGGCAUCGUGUCUUCCAGCGGCAGGAUACCGGCGACGAGCACUAUUACAGUUACUAUGGAACGACCAGGUAUCGCAAGCUGCCCUACGAACUGGGACCGAUACCCAUGGAGCGGACAAGUGCGCACAGCUGCACAAUGUGUCGCAGCAAGGAGCAGGCGGGGGAUGAGACGAUGAUUAAGCUGGAGAAGACGAUAACAUCCGCCGCCGCCUCCUCCUCUAGCUCGUUGUACAAGCACAAGAAGCUGCAUCUGCUCCAGCGCUAUCAGCAGGAGCAACAACAACAGCAGCAGCAACAACAAGGAUUAAACACUGCCAUAAUACCAAGCCCCAUAGCCAAAUGUGAUAGCAAGGCGAGCACACCGGAGCUGCUGGAGCGUGAGUUUGAGCACGCCCAGCUGCUGGAACUGGCCUCCACGCAAAGCAACUCGAGCAGCACCUGCAGCAACCGCAGUCAGAAAUCCGGUCUCAAUUGUCGCCGACACAAGCAACUGGCGCGGAUUAGCGAGCUGCCGCCACGCAAGUCGCCGCGCGAGCAUGCAUCGACACUGGCCCUGGUCAGUUGCAUCAUACGCCAGCGACAGGAUUCACAGAGCAAAACCAACUCGGAGGCGGAGGAGCCAACAACAACAGUAAUUCCCAGCAAGUUGACCAAGCGGGAGCCGGAAACCGAACCGGAACCGUUGCCAACUGUUGCCAAGACGCGCUCGCAAGCGGCGACACCUGUCGAGGAGCUACGUUUCGCCACGGAGAUCAGUGAGACUGUGAAGCGAAUGCGUCGUGGCCAAAACAAGUACGACUCGGUCCAAGGUGGCCCAGCCUUAAUCCAGCAGCCGGCGCCGCCUCCGCCAAGCCGAUGUCGUCGUCCGACUGCCGGCAGCUACUCGCGGCGCCUGGAAUUGGCAGCGGCAGGUCGGCGGGAGAACGCAUCGAAGACGGCAACCGGACAACACCUGCUGAGCAAGCGGAGCAAGCGACGCCAGCUGACAGUGGCCGGGCUGCAGCAACAAGCAGCGGGCUUGGGUCUAGUCGCUGGUGUGCGCAAGCUGCCCAGCAAGAAGGGUUUGCUCGAGUACGAGAUGGAGGCCAGUGCGCUAAAGUCUCUGGAUGCCAGUGCGCACUAUGUGAAUCCAUUGCUAGUCGCCUGGCAGAUUGACAAAUAUCUGGAGCUGGCGGGACGUGAGUUUGAUCCGAGUGCCGAGUGCAGCAUGGAAGUGGAUGCGGCAGCGCCUCAGACGCCGCCGCCCACCGAUGGCUGUUUCAGCAGCGAGUUCGAUCUGUGCGAUCUGCUCGGCGGCAGUGCGGCCAGUGGCGAUGAUGACGAUCGGAACAGCCGGAUCAACUUGUACUGCAGCUAUCAACGCAAGCGCAAGUGCCUCAAAUCGAAUCGGACGGGUUGGCCCCGAACCCAGCGGCGUCGGGCGGCGGCCAGACUGUUGCCCCGUAAAGUGGCCAAGGAGCAGCAGCAGGUGAAGGAGGAGGACGAGGAUGAAGAAGGGGAGGAAGGCAAGGAGGAGACUGUAAGGCAGCCAGGCUUAAAGCAGGAGUCGCUCGAAAUUGAAGAGGAGCUGGCUUUGACGACGACGACACCGACGACAACAAACACAACCACAACGACCGAUAAAGAGAUGGGCAAGGAUCUAGACGAGGACAGGGAAGGGGAAGGAGAUGCAGAUGGAGAUGAUGCUGGCGAUGCUGAUGGCGAAGCGGAUGGGAAUGCAAGUGGAGGUGAUGUCGCCACUGAAGACAAGGAGAAAAGCAGAAAGAAUCGCGAGAAUGCUGUAAUGACGCCACCAGCGACAGAUGUGGACGAUGAAGUCGCCAGCCAGGUCGACAAUGAAGCCGAUGAGGAUAAUCCCGAUGAGGAUGAUGCCGACGAGGAUGAUGAUGAAACAAUGGCUGAUUCCGUUGAUCAACAGCUGGAUGGUGAGGUUGAAAUCGAAGCAACCGAUGCGGAUGUCGAAGAAGAUGAUGAUGAUGAUGAUGACAAUGAUGAUGACGAUGAUGAUGUGUAUGAAGAUGCUUUUGGCGAUGAGCACAUAAAGCCAGAUCCACUGAGCAUUGAGCCUACCGAGAAACGUGCACGACGCAUCUCAUACGACGACGAGGAGGAAGAAGAGGAUGAAGAGGAGGAGUCGCCUGUCAAGAAGACAGCCGAGGAUAAGAAGACAUCGCUGCUAACCAGCAAUGGGUAUCAUCAUCAUCAUCAACCUCAUCAGUUGCAUCAUCACCGCUUGAGUGCCACAUCCACGCCAAGCACACAGCAAACAGCUCGCCAGCAGCAGCAGCGAGGAACACCCCAAUUGAAUGGGAGUCUGGGCAGCUGUAUAUCACCGAGUGAGAAGCUGGGCGAUAAUUCCGAUAUAUUCACCGUGUCCUCGGAUGGCUUGGACACCGAUCUCGAUCUGAGCAACACUCAAGCGGGCGAUGCACUCGAUCACUGCACGCAUCAACAGCAGCAGCAACGGACGCCCAAACGUAAAUUUGACAUCUCGAAAUAUGCGCCACCCAACAAUGGAAAGAAGGCGGCCAGCAGCUGUGCAGCAGAGGCGGCGGCGGCGGCAACGGCGGCUGUUAAAUCGCUGGCCAUUUCACAGUUUCUUAAAAAGGAGACCUGCGCAAGCUUAUCAAACAUGAGGAACGCUUGGCGCCCCACCAGAAGGACGACUAUUUCAGCAGUCUGUAUAAGCGGAACACGAUCAGCUCGCGCGCUAAACUAGGAGACGACAGCGGGACAGCAAAGGAGAAUGUGGCCCCAUCAUCGACACCCACCACCAACAGCAGGCAGCCACCGAC